CGGUCUUGACCCCGAGGUUUCCAUCACACUGCAAACAAAACCGCUCCAGCUGAAAUACUUCCGGAUAAACUUGCGCGUCUUUGCUGUUCAGUUCCAAUGAGCGGCUGAAAUUGCUGAAAACAUCCAGUUGGCCCACGGACGGGGACAGAUGUUUGCGGUGUGUAGAGGAUGAAUCCCAACGACGCCGGUAUCUCCUGGCUUUUCAAUGCAAUGCCACCAACUGUUGUUCACACCCUGACGUUGGGACUAUUGCUCUGUUAGACUGUAGCCCCCCCCCCAGUAUAGCUGCCGCUUUCGACGUUUUUUAACGUAAUAUUUGUUGUUUUGAGCACCAGAAAUGGAAAAUGUCUACUGUUGGGUAGUGGGCAAAUAUCUCAAACAUAAAGUGCUAGUUUUUUAUUUUAUUUUAUAUAAUUAAUGAAUCUAUGUAUUGCUAUUUGGCUGAACUGAACUUUUAACCAUUCUUUCAUCUAUAAGUCAAGCUCUCGGGUUUUGGUGAACAACCCUCACAUUUAUUUGGGCCUUGUAAAGAGGGACAUUUGGGACGUUAUAGAGCAGAGGGGCUGAACACGAACACACCAAAUGAAAGGAAGAGAGAGAGUUUAGGAUACAUCAGAAUAACCCUUUAUAUAUAUGAAACAGUUACUCAGCACUGUGAAAAUGGAGAAACUCCAUGUCAGUUUUUGCAGGCGGUUUUUUGUAGUUCGGGUCAGGAACCUCGCCGUUCGUCCUGACAACCUGACCUGAGAUCAACCUCUGCCUGUUCCCGCCCAUCUCAAGUUAUCUCCGGCCUGUCUGCCCGCUCCUCAUUAACAUAAUUAUGCAGCUGCACGGCGGGAGGUUUCACGGCUUUGAGCAAACGUCGUGCGCCCUCCGGGUUGCGGGACCGGCAGAGCUCAGUACAGUCCCGAACGAGGCCCAACAUGACUGCCCUGCUGCUGCUUGCGGCCUGCCUCCUCCGCGGGUGUGACCUCUCCCACGUGGAGGAGAUGAAGAGCCAGGAGCGGCUCCUGCUCAGCUCCCUCGGGCUCUCCGGGCGGCCCCGGCCCGCGGGGAUCCACCAGACCCGGCGCCACGUCCCCUCCGCGCUCUGGAGGAUGUUCCGGAGGUCGGAGAGCAUUCAGAGCCAGGAAAGCGACCCCUGCACGGUGUCAGAGUACGGGGUCCGCGGCAACAUCAUCCGAUACGUGCAAGACCAAGGCAGGAUGGUGUCUGGGUGGAGCAGCGGCUGUCAGGCCUGUCUGGAGAAGCAGCUUUUCUUCAACAUGUCUGUCCUGCAGCCUGUGGAGCUGCUGUCUCUGGCUCAGCUGGAAGUCAAGUUCCACUGGAAACCCUUCAGAUCUGCAGAGCUCCUGCAGGGGCCCCGGGCCCUCAGUGUGUCUCUCUCCAAAGUGAUCCGAGCCACGCUGAGGGGAGCAAAUCCCCAGGCCAACCGCAGACUCCUACUGUCCCAGUCGAUCCAGUUGCAGCCUGAACCCACCGCCAUCACCAUGGACCUCACCGCGCUGGCGGAGAACUGGCGCAAACCGGGACGCAACUAUGGUUUGGUUCUGGAGCUGCUUCCUCUCAGCACAGAUCCAGAGGAGCUUCUUUCUUUUCACCCUGGGAACUCCCUCCCAUUUGAACCAGCCUUCACCCUGCCGCUAAUCCAGGCCUCGCUGGUGGCCGUGUCCCUCAACCCCCACCAGUGUCGCUCCAGACAGAGGAGAAGCGCCGUCCACCUCCCCGUGACGCCCAGCAACGUGUGCAAGGCCCGACGCCUCUACAUCGAUUUCAAAGACGUGGGCUGGCAGGACUGGAUCAUCGCUCCGCAGGGCUACAUGGCCAACUACUGCCACGGCGAGUGCCCGUUCCCACUCAGUGAGAGCCUGAACGGCACCAACCACGCGAUCCUGCAGACCCUGGUGCACUCCCUGGACCCGCAGGGCACGCCUCAGCCCUGCUGCGUCCCCAUCCGCCUCUCCCCGAUCUCCAUGCUCUACUACGACAACAACGACAACGUGGUGUUGCGACAUUACCAGGACAUGGUGGUGGACGAGUGUGGGUGUCGAUGAAUUUGACAUUUCUGAUUGGCUUUUGAAAAAAAUGAAACGUCCCCUAGCUUACCCCCCUUUUUUUUUUUUUUUAGUUUAGGAGUGUUGAAUUCUCACUGCAGUUUGAUUUGUCAGAUCAUGUUUUCAGUGUAUAAUGUGAUGUCUUUGUAGUCAGUGGUUUUAAAGAUUGUAAGAUUUAUAUGAGUUUAUGCUCAGGGAAGUUUUGAGAGACUUCUUCAAAAAUAUGAUGUUUAAACAUCCUGGAGGGUUGGUUUGGAAAUACAAGUAUUUUUCUGUCACUAAUUUGGGUGGAGCCUUUUUAUUAAUCCACACUAGGACAGCGUUCUCAAAGUCAAAUUACGUAGGGACCACUGGUCAAAUUGUUCUCUUGGGGCGGCCACUUAAACAGUCAAAAAUUCCUAUAAAACUAUCUAUAAUACAGUUUUUUUUUUGCGUCAGUUUGCAUUACCUUAUGGACAAAUUAGGAACUGCUUGGUUGAAAAGGAAGCAAACAAUAUGAUGGCAGUAUUUUUUUACUGUGCUGUAAAGCUAUCUGAGAAGGGACAUUUUGCUUUGUAUUGGUUAUGACCCUACAGAAAACAGUGUUAUGUAGGAUACAAUAUUAAAACACAAUCUGAAUUAGAGUGGCAAUUAUUGUUGAUUUAUGUUUUUGAUUAGGUUAUAAACAAUCAAAAAAUGGUGCCCAUUAAUGAAUUCCCAAGGAGCGUCGUCCAAUCCUUUUUCUUUUUUUUUUUUUUGUCCGAUGUUUUGCUUUUUAUUGAGAUAUAUGACUCAAUUUCUGUCCGUUGACUUACUGAUUAUUCUGCUAUUCAGGUCUUUAUUUUAGCCUGAAGGUAAAACCUGUAUUGCCUUGGAAAAUUGAUGCUCAUUUAAAAAAAACUAAAAACUGUAUAUUUGCUUUAC